AUGGCAGCUAGCAUUGAUUUUGACUUGCCCGUGCAACAAGCUGCCAACUCCAAUGUUACGUCAGCUCAUAAUAUUCUUGCUCUGGCCAAGGAAUGCGAAGGACUAGAGAGCUUUGUCCAUUGCAGUACCGCCUAUACCAUGCUACCAAAGGAAGGCAAUGGUGCCAUCAACGAAGACCAUGUGGACAGCUUUGCCAACGGGAAAGCCGGCCAGAUAUACAAAGCAAUCAAGCGUGGUGCACUGACAGAGUCCCUCCUCGUGGAACAGAGGGGACGGGUGCCCUUGGUUAUUGUCCGCCCUUCCAUUGUCACUGCCUGCUAUCAAUUCCCCCACCCUGGCUGGAUAGACUCCCGUGCUGCCCUUGCGGCUUUCAUUGCAAUGUAUGGAACCGGUUUCUUACACACGAUCCCUGCCAAAGCGGACGUACAGCUCGAUGUGGUUCCUUGCGACUGUGUUGCGGAACGUCUCAUUCACGGAGCAUUGGCGCCGAUGGAUCGAACAAGUCAGGCAGUAGUGAUCCAUGACACGGCUGGUCAAGAGCACUCCCUCACGGUCGGCGAGAUUGUGGCCCAGUUUUCUAGGUUUUUCAAGCUCCGGCAACGUCAUACCCAGCAACGUCCGUACAUUCGCGUCAUGGCCGAGAGCACCAACCCACAGAUUGCCAAAUCCUUCCAAAAGGACAAACGCAAAGUCAUCAGGCUCAAGAGAAUGGCCAAGCUGUUUGGAAAACAAAAGGCUGCCAAGUCCCUCGACAAGGUUUCCACGGGUCUGGACAAGGUCUUUUCCUUCUUUACUCACAACAGCUUCAACUUUCAAUCCAAGCAGACGAUCACGGAUGUGUUUCCUUGUUUUGAGAAAAGCAGUUUUAUGGAUACCGUGAACAUGGGGGUGUAUCAUUACCUAUUGGGCGGCAAGGAAUUACCAGAGCCUUGCUUGCCAUGCUUCAAGGUCAAGAAUGUGAGUGUGAUUCUCCUCAGCAAAAACUUUGAGCCGGAAGAGGAUGUGACAUCUACUACAGGAUCCAGCACCAUUUCUGAUCUCACGGAAGAAUACCACGGCACUAGCCCUGUCCUUGGAAGCCGGAAGAGGAGAAAGACACCUGAUGCCUUUUAUCAACACAGUGACAUCUUGAGAAGUGUGGUGGAUUGCUGA